GCGACAGUGGCGCUGAACAGUGUUCGAAAAUCCCCAUAUCCAAUAUAGGUUGAACAUUAACUAGGAAAAUGUUAGGAAAAACCUUUUCAAUGUAACACAAUUUUGAUUUUUGUUUGACUACGACAUGUGCGACUCACCAGAAAAUCAAACGCUCCAGGCUCGUCUGCGAAGUUUGGAAGAGUUGACCGAGUUCACCGAGAACUGCCAUAGACAACUGAAUGAGCUGUUGGAAACGCUGGGAUGGAGACAGGACCUGGACAACGGCUCAGUUCAGGAGCCGAUGGAGGUGUGCCCCUAUGACCCGAACCACAGAGUGCCAAGCAGGAGCAUGGAGAGACACAAAGCCACCUGCCAACUCAGCCAGAUGGGCUACUCCCAUGAGGAACAGGCUGAGAUGUAUGACCCCUCUGUGUGUUAUGAGAAUGCCAACAUUACCAGCUUCACAAUGGACAAACACACACAACAACAAGUGAUUCUUCAAGCAAGAGCAAGUGCACCACCAAUUAGGACAGAGGGACUGUACAGCCAAAGUGAAUACUCCACAGACCCUUCAGAAGUUCCUCAGAACCACAAGCGAGCUAUCUGUGACCUUACUAUGGCAGACCGAUUGGCUCUUUUCGAUCACGUGACAAGGGAGGCCAGCCAACAGAAGGAUCAAGCUGGAGCAACUAACAACGAGGACCUCUAUGUUGAUUUGGUGGCCAAGCUCAAAAAGGGUAACGAUCAGAACGAGCACAAGUCUCACCUGGAGCUGAUGGCUGAGAUGAGGGACUACAAGAGACGUCGGCAGUCUUACAGAGCCAAGAACGUACACAACACCAAGAAGUCCUACACUGAGGUGAUUCGGGAGGUGAUUAAUGUCCACUCUGUUGAACUGUCCAGUCAGUGGAAAGAGGAGAGGAAGGAGGAGGUUAGAGAGUCCAAACAUGCCCCUCACAGGAGAAUGUCUGAGGACAGGCGCUCUGCCUCCACAGAGUCCCGCCAAUCUCACGUCAGCUCCAGGGACGGACACGGCUCCCACCACAAACGCCACCGUAACACAGAGCGCAGCAAAGACCCCAGCCCAGAGCAGAGCCAGGAGCGCAGCCGAGAGAAGGAGAGCAAGAGGAAGAGAAAGAGGGAUUCCCGGUCCCCGGAUGAGAGACCUCAUGAUCGAAAGAAGAAAAAGAAGAAGAAGAAAAAGGAAGAGAAGUGAUUUUCAAGUUUAGUACCUUGGUUUAGAAAACCAGAGAGAUUAGGUCAAGGAGCCAACCAAAGCUACGUUCCAAUGUUCAUAAUAGCAUACCACUUAGAAUGCGUGCCUUCAUACUAUAGUGGCUUGCGAAAGUAUUUUGUUGCCUUACAA